UGCCUCUCUCUCAAUCUCACCAUAAUCAUGUCAUAUUCAGAGCUCUGCGCUUCAAUUUCUCUUUCUAAAGCGAAACCCCUUUCUCCAUGCCCGCCAUUUUCAUCGAAUUCUUCAUCUCCGACUACUUCUGUCUUUCUCCCCUCUCCCUUUUCGUUUCCUCUCCCCACCGCCAUCUCCAGCCACCAUCACCUCCACCACCUGCCUUUUUGCCGCACCGGCAACCGCCCGAACCUUUUCUGCAGGGACUCACAGGUCUCCGGCCCCAAAGAUUUCGACGAGGAGGAUGAUAAGUUGUCGGAUGAGUCUGACGUUGACGACGAGAGCUUCAAUGUUGAAUCAAUGGAACACGAAGCCAAAUUCGCUGUUAAAGAAUUCUCCCACGCUUUGUCUCGUCAAUUGACCAUAGAUGAUGAUCCUGCUGAUCAAAAGGAAACUAGCAUAAAGAGGAGAAAGCAUAAAAGCAGUGCUAAAAAUAUCCCUGAUCAUCUGCUUCCCAGGGUUACGAUUGUUGGAAGGCCAAAUGUUGGUAAAUCAGCUUUGUUUAACCGUCUUGUUGGGGGAAACAAGGCCAUUGUGGUGGAUGAACCCGCGGUUACUAGGGAUCGUUUGUAUGGUAGAUCCUUUUGGGGAGAUUAUGAAUUUUUGGUCAUAGAUACAGGAGGUGUGGUUACCAUUUCCAAGUCGCACGAUGAUGUUAUGGAAGAAUUGGCUAUCUCAACGACCAUUGGUAUGGAAGGCAUACCACUAGCCUCUAGGGAGGCUGCUGUUGCCAGGAUGCCAUCAAUGAUUGAGAAACAAGCCACUUUUGCUGUGGAGGAAUCAUCUGUCAUCAUAUUUCUUGUUGAUGGCCAGGCAGGUCUCACUGCUGCUGAUGUUGAAAUAGGGGAUUGGUUACGAAAGAAGUUCUCGCACAAGCAUAUUAUUCUUGCAGUGAACAAGUGUGAAUCUCCAAGAAAAGGUAGCAUGCAAGCAUCAGAGUUUUGGUCUUUAGGGUUUUCGCCACUUCCUAUAUCUGCUAUAUCAGGUACUGGGACUGGAGAACUUCUUGAUUUUAUUUGCUCAGGAUUAGAGAAAAUUGAGGACUAUGAUGAUGUUGAAGGGAAAGAAGAUUUCGUUCCUGCCAUUGCAAUUGUUGGCCGACCAAAUGUUGGUAAAAGUAGUAUUUUGAAUGCCUUAGUCAGAGAGGACAGAGCAAUUGUUAGCCCAGUAAGUGGAACAACACGUGAUGCUAUUGAUACGGAGUUCACUGGACCUGAUGGCCAGAAAUUUCGGCUGAUUGACACGUCUGGUAUAAGGAGAAGGGUAGCUGUAGCUUCAUCGGGCAGCACCACAGAGGCUUUAUCAGUUAAUCGAGCAUUCCGUGCCAUUCGUCGUUCUGAUGUUGUGGCUAUUGUGAUUGAAGCCAUGGCAUGUAUUACGGAACAGGUAGAUUACGAUACAUUUCAGGGAUUUUAUUGGUUUUGGUGA